ACUGGACACCACCGACUCGUAGAACAUCCUCAGCAUCGUCCUGCAGGUGUUGAAGGACCUCAGCCGCCUCAGAAAGUAGAGGUGGCUCUGGCCCUUUCUGUAGACAGUGUCCAUGUUCUUGUACCACGUUUGUGGUCCAAGUACACCCUCAAGUAUUUGUACUCCUCCACCACCUCCACAGUGGCCCUCUUCAGGGGUUCAGGUGUGUUUCAACACCUCACUGACUGUUUACUCUCUUAAUAAUUCAGAGUCAACUGAUAUCACACAACUCCCUCACCUGGACCAAAGCUCCGCCCCCUUAUGUCUGGCCACCCUUAUACCUGAAACACACACUCCUUCACUACAGCUCACCUUUGCGUCACUCUUCACUCCUCAGCAGACUCUCAGCAGACCGAACACUUGGGUGACACCAGCAGACUGUUUGCUGACUCUGGGUUAGAUCUUGGUCAGAUCCUUUCAGCAGACCCUCUGGGCCACUCAGCAGACUGUAAGACUUUGAGGUGGACACUCAGGAUGGCGAGCACAGCAGCAGAGUUGGCCAGGAGGAAGGCCCGGUACGAGGAGGGUGCCGGCAGCUGGGCCAACGCCGUCCCCUUCAACCAGCAGGACUUUGAGAAGCUGCGGAGCAAAUGUUUGCAAACCGGUUCUUUGUUCUGCGACCCCACGUUCCCCGCAAACUGGGACUCACUGGGAUACAACCAGCUGGGACGCUACUCCUCCAAAACCAUCGGAGUGGAGUGGAAACGACCCACGGAGCUGAGUUCUGAUCCUCAGUUCAUUGUUGACGGGGCGAAGAGGACAGACAUCUGCCAGGGAGUUCUAGGUGACUGCUGGCUGCUGGCUGCCAUCGCCUCUCUGACCCUGGACCCUCAGAUCCUGAACAGAGUGGUUCCUUGUGGGCAGAGCUUCAGCUCGCAGUACGCUGGCAUCUUCCACUUCCAGCUGUGGCAGUACGGAGAGUGGGUGGACGUGGUUGUGGACGACCGGCUCCCCACCAGAGACGGGAAGUUGCUGUUCGUUCACUCGGCAGAGGGAGGAGAGUUCUGGAGCGCUCUGUUGGAGAAAGCUUACGCCAAGGUGAACAGCUCGUAUGAAGCGCUGAGCGGAGGUUCAAGUAUUGAGGGUUUUGAGGAUUUCACUGGAGGAAUCUCAGAGAGCUACAACCUGAAGGAGGCUCCCCCCUUCCUGUUUAACCUCAUGAGGAAGGCCCUGAGCCUGGGCUCGCUGCUCGGCUGCUCCAUCAGCAUCUCCAGCUCGUAUGAGACCGAGGCGAUCACUGGUCAGAAGCUGGUUAAAGGUCACGCCUACUCCAUCACUGCAGCACAGCAGGUUCAUCACUUUGGUUCACCCGUGGAGCUGCUGAGGAUCCGGAACCCCUGGGGUCAGGUGGAGUGGACUGGAGCCUGGAGUGACAAUUCGAAGGAGUGGGAUGGUGUUGAGGCGGGGGUGAAGAAGAAGCUGGAUCGGUCGGCUGAUGAUGGAGAGUUCUGGAUGUCCUACGCUGACUUCCUGCGUCAGUUUUCCCAGCUCGACAUCUGUAACCUGACACCUGAUGCGCUGAGCAGCGACGACGUCGGCCGCUGGAACUACCGCGAGUUCGAAGGCGCGUGGAGGGUCGGCUCGACAGCCGGAGGCUGCAGGAACUACUCUGCCACGUUCUGCUCCAACCCUCAGUUCUUCAUCCGGCUGGACGACGUCGACGACGAGCCUCACGACGGCGAGCACGGCUGCACCGUCCUGAUCGGUCUGAUGCAGAAGGACGCUCGCAGGGAGAGACGCUUCGGACGAGACCUCAACACCAUCGGAUUCGCCAUCUAUGAAGUUCCUGAUGAGUUUAAAGGUCGCAGUAAUGUCCGGCUGGGCCCCGACGUCCUGCUGAGGAGGACGGCGGUGGCCCGCAGUCAGACCUUCAUCAACCUGCGGGAGGUGUGUGAGCGCCUCAAACUGCCGCCCGGAGAAUACGCCAUCAUCCCCUCCACCUUCGAACCGCACCGCCAGGGGAGCUUCAUCCUGAGGGUGUUCACAGAGAAGCAGGCCCACAGCAGGCCGAUGGUGGAGGACGUCAUCGCUGACAUCCAUGAGCCUGACGUCGGACCGAACGACGUGGAUCCUCACUUCAAGCAUCUCUUCGGGCUGAUCUCUGGAAACGACUCUGAAGUCUCUGCCUGCGAGCUGCAGCAGGUUUUGGACAAAGUGGUGGCUCAGAGGUCUGAUAUGAAAACGGACGGCUUCAGUCUGCACACCUGCCGCAACAUCAUCAGUCUGUUGGACAUGGACCGCAGUGGUAAACUGGGUCUGCUGGAGUUUCACCAUCUGUGGUUGAAGAUCCAGAAAUACCUGGAGAUCUUCAAGAGACACGACACGGAUGAUUCUGGUACGAUGAGCAGUCAUGAGAUGAGAGCAGCACUGGCUGAAGCAGAGAUGUUCAGAAUUCUGGACAAGAACAACCAGGGAAAGAUCCAACUGGACCUGCAGCAGUGGCUCUGCCUUGCCAUCAACUGACAACGGCGUCACACUCCAGAUGCAUGCUGGGAGUUUAAAGGACAGACAGCUGUGGUUGUGGUUUGAAUAAAAACUGUGUAUUGUGUUUUGUGUGUGACAGGAAGUCAUUUUCACCUUAAAAUAAAGCCUGGGCAGGCUUAGCAUCUCCAUACUUUGAGUAAACAGUAAACAUGUUUAACUGAGUAACCAUAUAAACAGAUUUCACUUUGGUAUUUUAGACCUUCCACACCACAACAGUCACUACAUAUUUCAUCCAAAGUGACUGCACACCUCAAGCUGACGUCUGUUUACAGUCUAACAGAAACUGAUCAGUAUUUAUGUUGUAAUAAGUAGUAAAAGGCUGAAAAUCAAACCGCAGUAACUGGAAAACAUUUAUUCGGAAGGAAUUGUUGUCUCAUGAAUGUCAUCUGUUGGCAGUUUCAUCACAUUUUGAGAAACGAAUCAGACUGAAAAGGUGAAGAUAUUUCAACAUGGUGACUGUGGUUCCUGCUCUGUGUCUGCAGGGGGCAGUGUUUUAUCACAGACUGUGUAGACUGUAGAUGACAGGAACUGCAGUAGUACACAGUACAAAAACACAUAUAUAUAUUAAUUUACUGUAUUAUCUUAACAUCUCCAAUUAUUGCAUUAUUAGUUAUCACUUAAAUGACUGUAAUGA